AUGGCUGCUAUAACUCACCUUUCUGAUUUGAAGCCAUUCAAAAGUCAGUGGAGAAUUCACGUCAAAAUUCUGAAACUGUGGAAACAGUUUCUCAAUGGUGUUGCUACGUUGGAAAUAGUGAUUGUCAAUGAAAAGACCAUCAUAAACUUCUGGGUUACCCACAAUGGUGUCUCCUUCACUGAUAUUCAUGAAGGCAAACAAAAUCCAGACUUCUUGAUAGAUAUAGUUGGUCAAAUAGUUGAAAUCGGGGAUGUUGAGAUCUUAAACAUCAAUAGAAAGCAAAUCAAGCGACUUACAAUGACUCUUCGUGACGGUGGGUAA